CUCCGCAAGCAGAUCGAGCAACACCCACCCUUGGAGGCUGUCCUCGUCUACAGGUGGUCGCAGCAGACGUCUCAGGCUGACUCUGAUUCGAAAAGGAGAAGAGACCGUCGACUUGGCCCCGCGCUUUACAGGCCAUGUCUUUGCAUGGCUGGCUUGCCUACCUUGAGUGAUCACCACGCAAACUCCGGUCAAUUCGCUCCGAUCGCCUAUCAGCGGCCUUACCAGUCUGCCACUCACCCAGGGCGCAGUCGUGAUUUCUACUCUAGUCAUCAUGAGCGCAGGUGGAUCAGCUCCAGUUCUGCGGCUCCAAGACCGGUGCGAGUUCACCGGUUACGGACGUGGCACCGUUCUCUUUGUGGGUCAAACUAGCUUUGCGCCUGGACUUUGGGUCGGUGCACAUCUCGACGAGCCGCGAGGGAAAAAUGAUGGCACGGUGCAAGGCAAGCGAUACUUCGAAUCAUUUCCAGGACAUGGCUUGUUUGCGAGGAUAAGCCAAGCGCGUCUCUUGCGACCAGAGGAGGACUCUGGACAUGAUGAACAUGAGGAGGCGGAUCAGGAUUACGAAGGUCCAAGAGACGAGCCGAUGGACGAAGAAGAGCUCAUGCCCCCACCCUCCAGGCCUGCGCCGCGCACCUCGCGUGUCCCAAGUCCGGUCAAGCGGCCUACUGCCAGUAGGCAGACGACGACGACGUCUGUUACACCUUCAGGGGCAGCUCGUCCGCGCUCCUCGCUAGCCCCAAGCAAGCUUGUCUCUCCCCAAAAGGCUGGCACUGUGGGCAGAUCAGCCAUCGGGGCAAGCGCAUCCCGCGGAAGCAGCCCAACCAAGCGUGCUGGUGUAGCAGCCACUCGCACUGUUCAGAGCGCUGCUGUUACCCGCAACACCACACCGGUUGCUUCCGCGGCCACAGCUCGGAUGCAGCGCACCUCGACGGCGCCAGGCUCGGUGGCAAGUGGCGCUGCUAGUCGGGUCGCCGGUGUCACUCCUCGUGCUGUAAAGCCUGGCUCCACAAUCCCGGGUCGAGCACCAGACACAGCAACAGCCAAGGCGGGCUUGCGGCCAGUGCCCAAGCAUCGCCAAUCCAUGGCGCCCCCAAGCGCGCGAGAAAACGCAGCGACGACACCGAGGGCAACCACCAGAACUCCUACGGCUGCAGCAACUUCGAGAAGCACCUCUGCAGCUUCUUCUGUCGAUGUUGCAAAUAGGACUCCUGGGGCGCGACUUGCUGGCCGCACAGGUAUCACACCACGGGUCACUGCAGGCAGCGCCGCACCAGGCAGCGCUCGCCUCGCUCCACCUUCGACUGCUCCCAGCGCCAGACAGCCGCCUCCUCAGGCCAGGUUGUCCGCUGCCAGCAGACGCACGGCGAUCUCCACCGACGAUGCCGAUGAAGAUAAUGAGGAGGAAUUGAUGAACAUGUCCCUCGACGCGGAGUCGUUGCCUGGCGCUGAAGGCUUGCUCUCGGACGAAGAGGGCGUGGAAGACUCUGGAGAGCUGUCGCCAUCGGUUCGCAAGGCGUCAUUAUCAGGCAGCAGACCUCGGAUCGACCACAUGUCCCUGUCUUCGGGCCCCAGACCCAGUGCCGCAGAGGUCGGAGCUCUUCAGCGAGAGAUUGAUGAGCUCCGUGCGAGGAACAGAAUAUUGGAGAAGCGAAAAGAAGAAGAUCGAGAGCGCAUUAGAGAGAUGGAGCGCGUCAAAAGCGAUGCCGAUGGCUUUCUCGCUGCUAAGCCCAAGCUUAUGGCCAAGCAACAAGAGCUCCAAAAUGAGAUCAGAGAUCUAUACAAGCUCGAGAAGGAUUGGGAAGCCCAGAAAGAAGAGCUGGACCGUCAGGUGGUGGAGCUUACAGACUCUACAGAGAUGGCUGUCCUCGACAAGGAAAUGGCGGAGGAGCGGAGCGAAUCGCUCAAAUUUGAGCUCGACGCCGCUCAGGAACGCAUCGAGGAGCUGACCUCAGAGGUAGAAAUUUUGACGGCCGAAAAGGAGCUGCGCGACGCUGAGACAGAAGGAGGGCAUGACUCGUCCAGGCAAGCGCUUGGUGAUGAGAGUGUCCAGGACGCCAAGCGCCUUCCAGGCUACGUCCAGCUCGAGCGGCAAAACGACCGACUCAGAGAUGCGCUCGGCAGACUUCGGGACAUCACAAACGAGACAGAAAGCGAACAGAAGCGCCGCAUCGCUGAGCUCGAGAAGGAGCUCAAUUCUCUUUCAGACCUGCAAGCUCAAUUCGAAACGGUCUCGCAACGCCUCGAAGCCGCCGAUGCAAUCAUUGAGGACUUGAAACUACAGCUUGACGACGCCCUCAGCACUGAAGAGAUGCUGGAGCAGCUGACAGAACGCAACUUGUUGCUCGGUGAGAAGAUCGAAGAGAUGCAUGCGACAAUCGAAGACCUCGAAGCGAUCAAGGAGCUGAAUGACGAGCUAGAAGAGACUCACAUCGACACGGAACGACAGUUGCAAGAGGAGGUGGACCUGAAGGAUCUGCACGUACGGGAUCUUCGCGUGCGCAACGAGAUGCUGGAGGCUAGCCUUGUCGACCACGAAAACACCUUUGCUCAAUUCCGCGAGCUCGUACUGAAUUUGCAAGGCGAUCUUGACACGUUGCGUGCAGAGCAGGCAGAGCAGCAAAGUGCGGCCAUCGCAGAGGAUGGUACACUCGUCAGCGAUGGCGCCGGCGGUCGUACGCUGCAGACUCAAAGUCAGGCCAUGCUCAACUUGAAUCUGAAGCUGCAAAGCUCUGCGCUCAAGUCGCAAGCCAAGACCAUCGAGCUCGAAUUGGGCAAGCUGGAAGCUACGCAAGCCAUGUCGCACCUCGAUAUGAUCAGACCCUACCUACCGGCUGCAUACUUCGAGGCAGAUGCCGACGCGGUCGCAAGUCUUCUCUUCUUCAACCGGAUGGCCCACAAAGCCGAGCUCAUCAAGACCAUCGUCGAGGGUCACCACGACAUUGCGGGUGCGCUCGCCACGGUCGUGCCAGAGCAUCUCAUCGGAGUGUGCGAAAUGCGCCACAGCCUGGCGCACUUUGCAGCGCUUUCUCGCCAGAUCGCUGGCGUUUUGCAACUGGCCUCUGUGCCAACCUUCCUCAAGGCUGGCCGCACCUAUCGAGAGCACGCAUCGAUCGAGCGUCGCAUCGACUCUUUCAUUGAGGCUUUGCGUCAUGAAGAGCUGAAGGAGGCAGAGUGCGGUCGCGAAUUCGCCAGAUAUGUCAAAGAUUUCGAAGAAUUUUCUUACACGCUUGGCGAAGAGACCGACGCGGAUCUAGCAGCUAAAGAGGUUGGAGCUGCUCAGCUGAUCGAUCUCGACCUGGACACGCUGAACGCCGCUCUUGGCUACACCAAGCAGACGCUUGCUGCGCUUUACAACGAAGGUGAUCAUGUCGGGUGGGAGCUUGGAGGCAAGUCGCUGGAUGAGGACGUGUUUGCGCCUUUGCAGCAGCUCAUAAACAAUGUCAAGUCCACGAAGGUGCCCGCGCGCAAACUUCUACGUCGUCUAGGUAGCCUAUAUGCCAACGACGAGGCGGUUCGCAUCGAGGCUAUCACCGCGCUACCUUCUACCGGUCUCCUCAGCAGUCAGCUUGUACGGUUCGCUAAAGAACUCGCACAGUCCACGACGGCUCAGGUUGCAGAGGUGCGCGCGGCCCGUACGCCUUUCGUCAUGUCGAACUUUGUCUCAGCUUUCAACGACGCGUUGCGCGAAGGUCUUGCAAAGAGCGACGUCAAUCUCUGGGCGACACCGCUAGCAUCCACAGAACACUUGACGAGUACGAUCAGUCUGUUGCUCAGUGCAGCUACCGAGCAGGAGAACGUGACAAAAGUGUCUGGCUCUCUGCCAUGGAUGACGCGCGUUGAAGAGAUUAAAGCGGAAGCGGAGUUGCAUCACGAUGCUGAAGCCGAGCGAGCAUUGGCGAAGCUACAAGAAGAUCUGAAAGACAUGUCGCGGCAGCUCAAGACGCGCGAAUCGGCGCUCGAAGAGGCCACUAUCAAAGUGGAGCGCACCACCAAGCAGAACGAAAAGUACAAGACAAAGCUCGAAGAUGUCGCUGCUAUUCAGAGCUCACUCGUGGAGGCACAGCGCCAAUCACGUGUCUACCAAGAGAUGAACGCUAGCCUUCAGUCAGAAUUGGAGACGGCAGAGCGCGCCAACGAUAUUUUGAAGCAGCAGCAUUCGAGCAAAGCAGUGGCUGGCGGUCCGGGAGGCGCGAGCGCAGCCUCUGGCGCUUUUGCAGGAACAGGAGCAGACUCAGCAGAGAAGACCGCUCAGUCCAACGUGCCUUCAGGCUUCAUGUCCGGUGCCUCGGCGACGUUCGAAACAGCAUAUCUGGCAGAUCAGGUGGAAGCCUUGCGAGGAGCGCUGGCGAUUCUGAGAACCGAAAAUUGCCGACUGAAAGGUGCUGGACUUCUGCAACAAUUCGAGGCGCUACCUCGCGUCUAUGCACCAUCUGCAAGCUUGCUUGAUGAUGCUAGGACUGUCGAGAAAGAGAAGCCUUGGAAGACGCCUGGCUUGCCAGCACCACGAACAGUCCCCAACAGAAAGGGACUCACAUCGGUGGCGGAUGCAGCUCGGGAGAGCAAAGCUCUGUACGCCAAGCUUUUGGAGCAAGCUGCUUCACCACGUGUGAUCAGUCUGGUACCCGAAGACGCCGGCGUGCCCGUGAAGACUGCGCGUCCAAAAGCAACUUCAUGGCAGCGCAUCUCCUCCACUCCCAGCUGGCAAUUGCGAGCUCAAGAACAAGAAAGAGCAGAUGCUCGGAAACAGGUGCAGAAGCUCGCUGACUUUUAUAGCGCUCAACUCAACACGUUGCACGGCCCGGCGCGCCAUCCCGGACGUGCCUUGAAAGGUGCUUCUCGCAAGUUAGCGGCUAUUCCCGAUGUGCCCAUGCUCGCCUGAUCUAGGCGAGCGAGCGUCUUUCAGCUGCCC